AUGGAGAUUCUAUCCCCUACCAGCUACCUCACCAACACCACCGGCUGGCCGGCCGGAGCCGACGAGGAGGUCCGGUGGACUCCGGCUGAGAACAAGGCCUUCGAGAACGCCCUCGCCCUCUUCGACGACAACACUCCCGACAGGUGGCACAAGGUGGCUGCCAUGGUCCCCACAAAAACCGUGCUCGACGUCAUCCGCCACUACAAGGAGCUCGAGGAUGACGUCACCAGCAUCGAGGCCGGCCUCGUCCCUGUCCCCGGAUACUCCUGCCACGUGUCGUCCCCUCACUUCACGCUCGAGUACUGGGGCGGGUCCCACCACCCACCCCUACCCCUUCCCCUUCACCUUCAGUCAAUCGAGGAAAUCUCCCGCCGUUCGCCUGCCCGCCGAACACGAACGGAAAAAAGGCGUCCCGUGGACCGAGGAAGAGCACAAGCUGUUCUUGAUGGGGCUGAAGAAGUAUGGGAAAGGUGA